UGAACUGAGUCUCUUCUAGGUUCUCUUGGUGGAAGGAGAUGUGUUGCGGUGUGUUGUGUUUAUGAAUUUAAUGGUAUUUAAAAGAAUCACAAAUGAAGCCUGGCGGAUAAUUUUACAAUAUCUUUAGAAAAUUGGUAUAGUUAAACGCACAAGUGGAGCCUGGAGGCCGAGUUAGUGCGGUGUGUUAGUGUUUUAGUGGAGUGCGUGGAGUGGCGGUCGCUGUGAGCAUGGCCCUCGACUGUCUGGAGGAGAUGGCGGCUUCAGCGCUAUGAUAUGUGCGGCCACAGAUAGGGAGGCGGCCUGCAGGAGUGUGGGAGGUCCCGGCGGUGGAUUGGGAGGAGGAGGUGGAGUAGGAGGGUUGCUGGGAGCUGGUGGAGUGUUUGCGGCCAUGCCCCUCUCCCGUACCCGAUCUUUACUGGCCAACAUCAACGGUGCGGGCUCCCCUGGCGACACCACCAACACCACCACCCUCUCCAACACCACCACCAACGCCACCACCGGCACCAGCGCCUAUCUGGAGGGAGGGAGCAGUACCCACUUGCCGCCCCUUAAGCCUCUCGCCAUGAAGACCACAGGCGCACAGUCCAUCACUCAGCUCUACGAGUUCGAUGACACGAAUUCGAACUCGGAGCAGAACGGCCAACCAAAUUCAGUGUCGAGUCAAGUAAAUACGGAUUCCUCAAGUCUGCCGGUGGUCCGGCCGCCCUCUGCAGACUCUAGCAGCCUCAAGAACGGCUCAACCAGACAACCAAAGACCUAUGUAGCCACACCUGAACAGGUCAUGAAAUAUUACAUGAACAAACUUACCCCUUACGAACAUAAAGAAAUCUUUAACUAUCCACAAAUCUACUUCAUAGGCGCCAAUGCGAAGAAGAGGCCUGGUAUCAUAGGGUCAGGGAACCAGGCUAUCUCGUCUAAUUAUGGGUAUGACGACCAUCAAGGGUCGUACGCCCACAUUCCUCACGACCACAUUCAGUACAGGUACGAGGUGCUCAAAAUCAUAGGCAAGGGGAGCUUCGGCCAGGUGGUGAAGGCCUACGAUCACAAGAGCCAUCUGCACGUUGCCCUCAAGAUUGUCCGUAACGAGAAGAGGUUCCACAGGCAAGCACAGGAGGAGAUCCGUAUCCUCGAACACCUCAGGAAACAGGACAAGGAUAAUACCAUGAACAUUAUCCAUAUGUAUGAUCACUUCACCUUCCGCUCCCACACCUGUAUCACCUUCGAGCUCCUCUCAAUAAACCUCUACGAGCUUAUUAAGAAAAACAAAUUCAUGGGGUUCAGCCUGCAGCUGGUGAGGAAGUUUGCCCACAGUCUGCUGCUGUGUCUGGACGCCCUUUAUAAGAACAAAAUCAUCCAUUGUGAUAUGAAGCCAGAAAAUGUUCUCCUCAAGCAGCAAGGACGCAGUGGCAUUAAGGUAAGAACCCCUUCUGGUUUGGUUGACGUCAGCGUAGGUGUUGUUUGUCAUUGGAAUGUGUAA